AUGUUCUGCCACAUGUGCAGGGGCUCUGUUUCGGAUGGAGUUGGCAGUGGCCACGAGCUGCAAAUCGUCCGCAUCAAUGAAGAGUGCAUUGAACUUGACGAGGUUGCGCUGAAACGCAUUCUGCUGGAUGACCGUGUCAAGGACAAGCCCGUAGCGGUCGUGUCAGUGGCCGGCGCCUUUCGCACGGGGAAGUCCUUCCUCCUGGGAUUCUUCCUUCGGUACCUGCACAACUUGGGCCGCAGUGUCUGGCUUGGGGAUCCAGAUGCUCCACUGCGAGGCUUCCAAUGGCGCGAUGGCUGCGACCGUCACACGACAGGAAUCCUGGUGUGGAACGAAGUUUUUGUGGUCAAGACGUCUAAAGGCCAGGAGAUCGCUGUUCUUUUAAUGGACACCCAAGUGCACGACGAUCAUUCCACGAUCAAGGAAUCGGCAACCAUCUUCGCUUUGAGUACAAUGACGAGCUCGGUGCUGGUCUACAACCUCUCACAAAACAUUCAAGAAAGCAAUCUCCAGUAUCUGGAGCUCUUCGUUGACUACGGCCGACUGGCGCAGCAGCAAAGGGCCGGCAAGCCCUUUCAGAAGCUACUAUUUUUGGUGCGGGACUGGUAUCACCUAAGGGAUGCAGAAUACGGUGUUGACGGUGGGCGUAAACUCCUGGAGCGACGCCUGGAGAUUUCAGACCAUCAGCCCGAGCAGCUGCAAGAUCUGCGGCGAUACAUCCACUCCAGUUUCACGGACAUCGACUGCUUCCUGUUGCCCCAUCCUGGCAGAAAGGUGGCGACCGGUGUAUCGUUUGAUGGGCGUCUUGCGGAUAUCGACGAGGACUUCAAGCAACAAGUGCAGGACUUAGUUUCUUCACUUCUAGCGCCGGAUAAUCUGAUUGCCAAGAAGAUAAAUGGUCAGGACAUCACCUGCCAGGAAUUUCACAUUUAUAUGAAAGCCUAUAUCGACGUGUUCAACGGAGGUGAACUUCCCGAGCCAAUGUCCGUGCUACAGGCGACAGCUAAAGCUAACAACCUAGCGGCGGUGUUCAAAGCGCUGAAGAUGUACACGACCAGCAUGAACCAACUGUGCAGGGGAGACAAGAUAAGCGCGAAAAAGCUCAAGAAGUACCACGUGCGUGAGCGCGAGCGCGCCUUGGACUUGUUCCGGAACACUGCCAAGAUGGGCGGCGAUGAAUUCUCUCAGCCGUACUUGGAGAGGCUCUCAAAGGAGAUCGACCAGUGGUUCCAGGACUUUGCCAGUCGAAUGACGAUGAAGUCAUGUCUGGAGUCCAACCGUUUCAAAAGCGCGGAGCUUGGCGGCGCCACGGUUUUGACAAUCGGGACAGGAGCAUUCGUGGCUGCCGGGGUGCCUGUGGCUGCCGGCUGUUGCGCAGUCCUGGCCCUCGCGGUACUGCUACACCUCUUGCUGACCGGAUGCAAGGGCUGCAUGAGCGCACCGAAAGAGGAGAGCCGUGAGAUUGAAGACAGGGUUGUCCUAGUGGAAGUCACCGACGAAUUGCUUGAUGGGCGCCAGAAGAGGUCUACUGAGGCAACCACGAACCUAAGAAGUCGGCAAGCCAUUCCUGCAGUCCAAGAGAAGUGUUUCAACACAAUGCAGGAGGAGGUUGACGAGCCACCAGCGAGGCUUGGCAAGCAGAAAAGAAGAAAGAAGGGAUUCUUUAGGCGUUUAUUAGUCAAGGCGCGCAGAAAGCCCUGCUCACCAACAGAACUUCACCGACUGAAGCAAUGCUAAACCGUGCGAGACUUGAUGAGAACGGAGGCGCACUGUCCUGAACCAACGAAGCGACUAAACCGCACUUGCACGUCUCGCUGUCGUGGUCUACAAAAACGGGUCCUGUGGAACUGUGAAUCUCUAUGUCAUGAUGGUCUGUGCUUCCCUCAUCACUGUAAUGUCAUUCUUGUUUUUUGUGACUGCCACAGCUACGCCGACCUGUAUUGUUUGUCAUAAAGAUGUUUGUAAAUAAAAUCAAGUUUCCCUCU